UUCUUCACCGACAUGCAUAUAUUAUUUUCCUUUUUAAAAAUAGGACGCAAUGCGCACUGAGUCCUCCCUUAAGAAGCAGAAUCGUUCCCAAAAUCGUACCGUACAAAAUGACUUCUUCCAUCGCCUUCCCAGGACUCUAUUCCUCCUCUCCCUCCUCUGAUUCUUCUUCUUCCACUUGUCAAUGGAGCUACGAUGUAUUCUUGAGCUUUCGAGGUGAGGAUACCCGCAACAAUUUUACCGCUCAUCUUUGCAGUGCUUUGUGUCAAAGGGGAAUCAAUACUUACAUAGAUGACAACCAGCUCAAAAGAGGAGAAGAAAUUUCAUCGGCACUUGUCAAGGCCAUUGAAGAGUCAAGGAUCUCGAUCGUUAUACUUUCUGAAAAUUAUGCAUCAUCCACCUGGUGUUUAGAAGAGUUGAUAAAGAUUCUUGAGUGCAAGGAAUCAAAACAACAAAUGGUUUUACCAGUGUUUUACAAAGUGGAUCCAUCAAUCGUACGACAUCAAGAAAGGAAUUUUGACGAAUCGUUGGCUAAACAUGAAGAUAGGCUCAAGGAUGAAGGGAAAGUCAAGAAGUGGAGGACAGCCCUAAAACAAGUGGCUAGUAUAUCUGGUUGGCAUUUAGGGAUCAACGGGGAUGAAUCUAACUUCAUCAAAAAGAUCGUUCAAGAGGUUUCAAGGAUAGUAAAUCGUAUUUACUUAAAUGUUGCUUCGUAUCCCGUUGGAAUAGAGUCUCGUGUAAACAACAUCAAUAUGCUUUUAAGUAUUGGGACAAAGGACACACGCAUGGUAGGAAUCUAUGGAAUUGGCGGAAUUGGUAAGACGACUAUUGCCAAAGCGACGUAUAAUCUCAUUGCUGAUCAGUUUGAAGGUAGUUGCUUUCUUGCAAAUGUUAGAGAAACUUCUAAACGAGAACUCGGUCUCAUCCAAUUGCAAGAGACAAUUCUUUCUAAGAUAACAGGAGAUUCAUGUUUGAAGCUUCAAAAUGUUGAUCAAGGAAUCAAUGUGAUAAAACAGAGGCUUUGUCGUAAAAAGAUUCUUUUAGUUCUUGAUGAUGUGGAUCAUUCGAACCAAUUAGAAAAGUUAUGUGAAAGAUGUAGUUGGUUUGGUUUAGGAAGUCGAAUCAUCAUAACAACAAGGGAUAAACAUCUACUAACUCAGCAUAAUGUUUAUUUGACAUAUAAUGUGAAGGAACUGGAUAAUGAUGAAGCUCUUCAGCUCUUUAGCCGAUAUGCCUUCAAGAAUGGUAGAUCUAAUGAUGGUUUUGUGGAACUCACAAAACUUGCACUACAUUAUGCUGGGGGUCUUCCACUCGCUUUAAAAGUGGUAGGCUCAAAUCUAUAUGACAAUGAUAUACAUUAUUGGAAAAGUGAAUUGGAAAAGUACAAAAGGAUUCCGGAGAAAAAUAUUCAAGAAGUACUCAAAAUAAGUUAUGAUGGAUUGGAUGAGUAUGCGCAGAAGAUUUUCCUUGACAUUGCAUGUUUUUUCAGAGGGGAGAAAAGAGAAUAUGUCACUAAAAUACUGGAAAACUGUGGUUUUUUUCCAGAUUCUGGUAUAAAAAAGCUCAUUGAUAAAUGCCUUAUAACUAUUGAUAGAUAUGACCAGUUGAUGAUGCACGACUUACUUGAAGAUAUGGGUAGAGAAGUUGUUCGAAAAGAAUCACCCGAAGAGCCUGGUAGACGUAGUAGGUUAUGGUUUCAUGAAGAUAUUCGGUAUGUACUUGAAGAAAAUACGGGCACAAAGCAAAUUGAAGGCAUACUGAUUGAUUUGCCUAGAGGUGACCGAAUGAUACGCUUGAGUCCCAAGGUGUUUACAAAGAUGAAAAAGCUCAGGUUAUUUAUAAACCGCAAUGCACGCUUUUGCGGCGGAUUGAAUUAUCUCUCAAAUGAGUUAAGAGUUAUUGAUUGGCCUCAUUAUCCUUUACAUUCUCUGCCGUCUAAUUUUCAUGGAGAGAAACUUGUUUAUUUUAGGAUGCCCAGAAGUUUGAUUAAGAAGAUAGAUGAAGGCUUAUUCUUUAAGAACUUGACGGCUGUAGAUUUCCAUGGUUGUGAAUUGUUAACAAAAAUUUCGGAUCUUUCAUCAUCCUCAAGUCUAAAGGAAUUGAUUCUUGAUGAUUGUAGAAAUUUAGUUAAGGUUCAUGAUUCAGUUGGGUUCCUUGACAAGCUCGAAAAACUGAGUCUUGGUGGAUGCUCUAACCUAGAGAGUUUGCCGAGAAGCUUCAAGUUGAGAUCUCUAAAACAACUUAACCUUGAAGGUUGUCCAAGCCUUCAAAACUUUCCCGAAAUUGAGUGUGAAAUGGGACAUUUAAAGGUGGUCCUUUUAAAUGAAACUGUAAUAGAGGAGCUGCCUUCAUCCAUCAGGUACCUCUCAGGUCUCCAAGAGUUAUCUCUAAAAGGCUGCAAAAGCCUUGUGCAUCUCCCAGGUAGUAUUUUUCAGUUGCAACAUCUAGAAGAGCUUUGGGUAAAUGAUUGUCCAAAUCUUGUAAACUUCGGCAAAGAGGAGGGGAAUAAUCGACAACUCAUGCCAUUUCCUGUGUCUACAACGUCGGCUCCAAUGAACAAUUCAAGCAAUAAUUCCAGUGAUAUUGAUUGUUUCUCGAUGGCAUUUCCGUCGCUGGCGCAUUUGAAUCUUCUCAACUGUCCCUUAUCAGAAUCAAAUUUAUUUAGGACAUUUAAUUACUCCAACACAUUGCGAGAGUUAUAUCUAUCUGAGAGUGAUAUUGUUAGCCUUCCAUCAUGCAUCAAAACGUUUGUUCAAUUGCGGUACCUUGAUUUGGACAACUGCAAGCAACUUGAAGAAAUUCUACAACUUCCACCAAAUAUAGAACAGGUAUCUGCUGAAGGAUGCAUGCUAUUAGAAAGCUUUCCUCAAGUGUCAACAAAAUUUCAGUUCAAUACAUACAACUUGCAAGAGCUAAGUUGGAUUAACUUGUCUAGUUGCCCUAAAAUGCUUAUAAACGUAGGGAUUCCUUUGCCAAAUCCUUUAUUGCUUGAGGGACACCUUCCGGAAUGUAACAUUAUAUUCCCGGGAAAUAGGAUUCCAGACUGGUUUGACUAUUGCAAGGAGACUUCAGAUGGUAAUUCUUGUGAAAUAGAAAUUAAUGGGCCACUGUGUUUAGAUGAGAUUGCAGCAAUAGCUUUUUCUGCUGUUAUUGCUCCAAAUCUGGAACGGAACACAUAUUUCAUCGUUUCUAUAAACGAUAUAGCAAUUGGAGAAAUAGAGUGGUUUUGUUCAACAAACUCUGAUCAUGUAUGCCUGGGAUACUCGUUUGAAAAAUCUCUUGAAAUACCGCAAAAUUACCUGGAUGGGGACAUUUUGAGGUUUACAUUUGAUAGUGAUCCAAUCGUGAAAGCAAUCUUCAGGAGUUGUGGAAUCCAUGUGAUAUUCAAGCAUGAAAAGAAUGUAAAAGAUCACGCAGUAGAUCGAAUGGAUGGUAUUCAACUAAUUUCUAAGAGACGCCGAGAUGAAUGUGAACAUAACAUGGAUCCUGAUGAUGAUUGGAACUCUCAACAGAGGAGGCAUUUUCGGUUUGUUGGAGGUACUUUACUUGAUGAUGAUUUCAAUGAAGAUUUGGAUUUAGAGCUUUGACUUGGAUUGUUAUGCAACAAUGGUGGUUGUAAGUGCCAGCCGGGGGUUUAUAUCAUGAAUGAUGAGCACAUGGAGAUAUGAACAAUUAAUGCAAACCCAAAUCGAUAUGGGACCAGGUCCAGAUUCUACAUUAAUGAUUGCGCCAAACCAUCUUAAAAAGGUGAAUCUGUACAAAUAUGGCAAGAAAGCUUAA